AUGUCCGGGGACGGCGGCAGCAGGCACACGGCGGAGCUGCGAGCGGAGCUCUACUUCCUCAUCGCUCGCUUUUUGGAGGACGGACCCUGCCAGCAAGCGGCUCAGGUCCUGAUCCGAGAAGUGGCGGAGAAAGAGCUGCUGCCCAAGCGCACGGACUGGACGGGCAAGGAGCAUCCCCGGAGCUACGAGAACCUGGUGAAAUACUACAGACACUUGGCACCUGAUCACUUGCUUCAAAUAUGCCAUCGACUUGGACCGCUUCUAGAGCAAGAAAUUCCCCAAAGUGUCCCUGGAGUGCAGACAUUAUUAGGAGCUGGCAGACAGUCUUUGCUUCGUACAAACAAAAGUUGCAAACAUGUUGUGUGGAAGGGAUCUGCUCUUGCUGCACUACAUUGUGGGAGGCCUCCAGAGUCCCCUGUAAAUUAUGGCAGUCCACCUAGUAUAGUGGAUACCCUGUUUUCAAGAAAACUAAAUGGAAAAUACAGACUUGAACGCCUUGUUCCAACUGCAGUCUAUCAACAUAUGAAGAUGCACAAACGAAUUUUAGGACACUUAUCUUCUGUAUACUGUGUAACUUUUGAUCGGACUGGCAGGCGAAUAUUUACUGGAUCAGAUGAUUGCCUUGUAAAAAUCUGGGCAACAGAUGAUGGAAGGUUGUUGGCUACCCUGAGAGGGCAUGCAGCUGAAAUAUCUGAUAUGGCAGUGAACUAUGAAAACACCAUGAUAGCUGCUGGAAGCUGUGAUAAAAUGAUCAGAGUUUGGUGCCUUCGAACUUGUGCACCCUUAGCAGUUCUGCAGGGCCACAGUGCAUCUAUAACAUCAUUGCAGUUUUCUCCACUGUGCAGUGGCUCAAAGAGAUACUUAUCUUCAACCGGGGCAGAUGGAACAAUAUGCUUUUGGCUGUGGGAUGCUGGCACCCUUAAAAUAAAUCCAAGGCCAACAAAGUUUACAGAACGCCCUCGGCCCGGAGUCCAAAUGAUCUGUUCUUCUUUUAGUGCUGGUGGAAUGUUUUUGGCCACUGGGAGUACAGAUCACAUCAUUAGGGUUUAUUUCUUUGGAUCAGGUCAGCCAGAGAAGAUAUCAGAGUUGGAGUUUCAUACUGAUAAAGUUGACAGCAUUCAGUUUUCUAAUAGUAGUAGCAGAUUUGUGAGUGGAAGCCGUGAUGGAACUGCACGAAUCUGGCAAUUUAAGCGAAGGGAAUGGAAAAGCAUUUUGUUAGAUAUGGCUACUCGCCCAGCAGGGCAAAGUUUACAAGGAGUUGAAGAUAAAAUUACAAAGCUGAAAGUGACCAUGGUGGCAUGGGACCGCCAUGACAACUCUGUUAUAACUGCAGUAAAUAACAUGACUCUGAAAGUUUGGAAUUCUUUCACUGGCCAACUCAUUCAUAUUCUCAUGGGACAUGAAGAUGAAGUGUUUGUACUUGAACCUCAUCCAUUUGAUCCAAGAGUUCUCUUCUCUGCUGGACAUGAUGGAAAUGUCAUAGUUUGGGAUUUGGCAAGAGGGGUCAAAAUCCGGUCUUACUUCAACAUGAUUGAAGGACAAGGACAUGGUGCAGUUUUUGACUGCAAGUGCUCUCCUGAUGGACAGCAUUUUGCAUGUACUGAUUCUCACGGUCACCUUCUGAUUUUUGGCUUUGGUUCCAGUAGCAAAUAUGACAAGAUAGCAGAUCAGAUGUUCUUUCAUAGUGAUUAUCGGCCCCUUAUCCGUGAUGCCAACAACUUUGUCCUGGAUGAACAGACACAGCAGGCUCCACACCUUAUGCCUCCCCCAUUUUUGGUUGAUGUGGAUGGCAACCCUCACCCUGCAAGGUAUCAAAGGCUAGUUCCUGGUCGUGAGAACUGCAGGGAGGAACAGCUUAUUCCUCAGAUGGGAGUGACAUCUUCAGGAUUGAAUCAAGUUCUUAGUCAACAAGCAAAUCAAGAAGUUAGUCCGUUGGAUAGCAUGAUUCAAAGACUUCAGCAAGAGCAGGACCAGAGGCGUUCUGGGGAGGCAGGAACCGGCAGUACCAGCCGGAUAAGCAGAGGAUCUGCAAGUUCUACCUCAGAAGUACAUUCGCCACCAAAUAUAGGAUUAAGACGUAGUGGACAAAUUGAAGGUGUGCGUCAGAUGCAUAGCAAUGCACCAAGAAGUGAAAUAGCCACUGAGCGGGACCUUGUGGCUUGGAGUCGAAGGGUUGUUGUGCCCGAACUGUCUUCUGGUGUGGCCAGUAGGCAGGAAGAAUGGAGAACAGCAAAGGGAGAAGAAGAAGUAAGGGUGUAUCGAUCGGAAGAGAAAAGAAAACACGUAAUGAGUCACAUUCAAAGAGAAAACAAAGUACCUACCUUCUCUAAGAACCAUUCUCAUGAUCAUUUACUAGACACUGGUGACUCAAGAAAACAGCAAGUUAAUCAGCACAACUACCGUACGAGAUAUGCAGUAGAAGAAACUGCAAGGCCUGCUGAAGAGUUAGAAAACGGACACAGUUCCUCGGAUGAAGGAGAAGUAGUUGUUGCCAGUGGUGGAACAUCAGAAGAUGAUGAAAGAGCAUGGCACAGUGAUGGCAGUUCUAGUGACUACUCUAGUGAUUAUUCUGACUGGACAGCAGAUGCAGGAAUCAAUUUGCAACCACCAAAGAAAAUUCCUAAAAUUAAAACAAAGAAAGCAGAAAGUAGUUCAGAGGAUGAAGAAGGACCUGAAAAACAAAAGAAGCAAAUUAGAAAGGAAAGGAAAAAAGGGAUUGAGGAGAAAGAUGGACCAUCAACAUCACCAAAGAAGAGGAAACCCAAAGAGAGGAAACAAAAGAGGCUGGCUGUAGGAGUUCUGACAGAAAAUGGUUUGACACUGGAAGAAUGGCUGCCUUCAGCAUGGAUUACAGACACUGUUCCUCGUCGGUGCCCAUUUGUGCCACAGAUGGGUGAUGAGGUCUACUAUUUCCGACAAGGUCAUGAAGCGUACGUUGUAAUGGCUAAGAAGAACAAAAUAUAUAGUAUUAAUCCCAAGAAACAACCAUGGCAUAAAAUGGAAUUACGGGAGCAAGAGCUGAUGAAAAUAGUUGGGAUUAAGUAUGAAGUAGGAUUGCCUACUCUCUGCUGUCUUAAACUAGCUUUUCUUGACCCUGAUACGGGUAAACUAACUGGAGGAUCAUUCACCAUGAAGUACCAUGAUAUGCCAGAUGUUAUAGAUUUCCUGGUUUUGAGGCAGCAGUUUGAUGAUGCAAAGCAUAGGCGAUGGAAUAUAGGUGAUCGUUUCAGGUCAGUGAUAGAUGAUGCUUGGUGGUUUGGAACAAUUGAAAGCCAGGAACCUCUUCAGCCUGAUUAUCCUGAUAGCUUAUUUCAGUGCUACAAUGUCUGCUGGGACAAUGGUGAUACUGAGAAGAUGAGCCCUUGGGACAUGGAGCUGAUACCAAGUAAUGCUGUAUUUCCAGAAGAACUGGGAACUAGUGUUCCUUUAACAGAUGAUGAGCGCAGAACGCUGCUCUACAAACCUCUGGAUGGAGAGUGGGGUUCCAGGACCCGAGACGAGGAGUGUGACAGAAUUAUUGCAGGGAUAAACCAACUCAUGACUCUAGAUAUUGCUUCUGCAUUUGUGGCACCUGUGGAUCUUCAGGCUUACCCAAUGUAUUGCACUGUUGUGGCAUAUCCCACAGACCUCAGUACCAUUAAACAAAGACUGGAAAGCAAAUUUUACAGGCGCCUUUCUUCAUUGAUGUGGGAAGUCCGGUACAUAGAACAUAAUACUCGCACAUUUAAUGAACCCGGAAGUCCUAUCGUCAAAUCUGCCAAAUUUGUCACAGAUCUUCUCCUACACUUCAUAAAAGACCAGAGUUGCUAUGACAUAAUUCCAUUAUACAAUGCAAUGAAGAAGAAAGUGUUGUCUGACUCUGAUGAGGAAGAAGAGAAAGAUACAAAUGUGCCAGGAACUUCCACUAGAAAAAGAAAGGAUCAUCAGCCAAAGCGGCGGCUACGUAAUAGAGCUCAGUCAUAUGACAUUCAGUCAUGGAAGAAGCAAUGCCAGGAGCUGCUGAAUCUCAUUUUUCAGUGCGAAGACUCUGAACCAUUUCGACAGCCAGUGGAUCUCCUUGAAUAUCCAGAUUAUAGAGAUAUUAUUGACACUCCUAUGGAUUUUGCUACUGUUAGAGAAACACUGGAAGCUGGCAACUAUGAGUCACCGAUGGAGUUAUGUAAAGAUGUGAGACUUAUUUUCAGCAAUUCCAAGGCCUAUACACCAAGUAAAAGAUCAAGGAUCUACAGCAUGAGUUUGCGCCUUUCUGCUUUCUUUGAAGAACACAUAAGUUCUAUUUUAUCGGAUUAUAAAUCUGCCCUACGCUUUCAUAAAAGAAAUACAAUAAAGAAACGAAGGAAAAAAAGAAGUAGAAGCAGCUCAGUUUCCAGUAGUGUUGCAUCCAGCCCUGAAAGGAAGAGGAGAUUAAUAAAACCUCAGCUGAAGGCAGAUACUCCUGCCACCUCUUCAUCUUCUGCACCUGCACGGUCAACAGCACUGAGACAUGCUCCACCUCAAAUGAAUGGAAAAGCAGCUGAAACCUCUUCCCUUGUGCGGACUAGAAGCAACAGGGGGAUAACAGAUGUGGCUGUUGCAGAGCAACCAUCUACUUCUUCAGGAGCAAAGCCUUUAACAAUAAAGCCUUUAAUUACAAAGCCUAAUACUACUGCAGGGUCAGGAAAGACAGUACUGGAGAAUUCAACGAAACAUUCCAAGAACCAGAAUAUUGUAUCAGUCCCUAGUCAAUCUGAUUACAGUCAUAACACUAGGAAUAACUCCACAAGAGAAAAUCCUGAGAAAGAGAAGCAAAUCAAGCGCAAAGUAAAAUCUUCCACCGUUAAUCAACAGGCAGAUUGCAAGAAUAAUGCUUUGGCAUCAGGAAGCGUUCAGGUAAACGGACAUGGAGGACAGCCUUCAAAACCUCCAGUUAAAAGAGGUCCCGGACGGAAACCGAAGGUGGAGACUAAUAACAGUAGCGGUGAAGUGGUGCACAAGAAAAGAGGCAGAAAACCAAAAAAGCUACAAAUUGUUGAACAGCAAAAGGUUGCAGAGCAGAAUACAGUCCAGACCACAAGGGAUAUACCAGAAGAAGCCUCUGCUUCUACUGCAUCCAAUUCUCUUUCUGAAAAUAAUAUGAAGGAAGACUUGUUACAAAAAAAAGGCCGUGGGGGUAGAAAGCCAAAAAGGAAGAUAAAGACCCAUCAGCCAGGCUCGGACCUCGUAGUUCCUGCAAAUGUUAAAAUGCAAACAAGAAGCAGGAGGAAAAAGAUAGAUGAGCCUAUGGAGGAGGGGUCUGAAGAGCUUAAAGAUUCUGAACCUCACAUGAGAACUAGAAACCAGGGUAGGAGGACAGCCUUUUACAAUGAAGAUGACUCUGAGGAAGAGCAAAGGCAGCUAUUGUUUGAAGACACCUCCUUAACUUUUGGAACAUCUAGCAGAGGCAGAGUCCGAAAGUUGACUGAAAAAGCAAAAGCUAAUUUAAUUGGUUGGUAACUUUUACCAAGGGUUUUACUUCAGAGUGCUAUGAAGCAGGUACAGUUAAGGAACAGCAGAACAGACUUCUGCUUCCCUGCUGCUAUUAUGGGUUAGAAGAAUAUGUUCUGGUAUCAGGAGAAAAAUUCAGCAAAAAAUAGACUGAAAGAACAUUCUUUGAAAGAAAUAUAUAUUUUAAAC